AUGGAGAUCGCCGACGGAUCUCCACUGUACCAGGGAGCUGGCUGUAACCUUUCCAACCCGAAGUAUGGCUACGACUUUGUCAUCUCAACUACCCAAGCCAGUAUAAAUUCGGAUCUGUGCAUGUACCUGCACAACAACAUUUUGCCUUGUAACUACUUUUGCUUCCUCUCGGUAUGUCGCCUCAUGUCGCAAUCAGAUAACCUGAAGGGCAUGAUACCACUACCACCUGUGAAGCCAGCUAAUCAGGUCCAGACUCCAUCGAACGCAAAUGCAGUGGUCCCAGUCACCUUGGAAGACCUUGUUGCCAAAACAGGCGGGGUUGAUCCCUUCAAGAUCCCACGGGAUACCCCGCAUACAGACCCUCGGGUCCAGGCGCUAACCAAGGUGGGAUUCGCUGUCGGUGUAAAGAUCCGCAUGGGGCUUCCUCCAGGUGUAGAGCCCAAGGAUCUCUCUCCCAUUCUAGAGCUUGGAGAUGUUGCCAACUUCGCCACGUUCAAUAUCCUUUGCUCCGACUUUCAUAUCGUUGAGAACGAGCUGGGUACCUCAGCCAGCCCCGAUGGUAAAUGGAAUGUCUGGAGGCAACCCUCGGGCCGUCCAUGGACUCUCAAAACAUGGCACGUCCUUCAGUCUGCACAGCUGUUGCUGGAUAUGGAUAAUGCGACGGUUCAGAAUGUCCCUGUCAUUGAAGGCAUGAGGCAUGGCAGUCGAGCUCACCUUGUUGUCUCUGGCCAACUUGGGAACAUCUGGACAGCAUUCACCAAGCAGUGUCACUGUCCUCCAAUUUCCGUUGUCGCUGUUCCCCAAACAUCAUCAGACCCCUCUAAGCUUCAUUUGAAAUCCUUUGACCUUCAAGUCAACCGCGUCAAGGACAGCAAUGGAGAUACCGUCAAGAAUCCUACCAAGGAACAGCUUGCUGCAACCACUCUCGAUUACCGCUGCACUACUAGUGGUACACAGCUUCCGCCUGCUAAGCAUUUCUCCUGGAACUGGGUUGAGCCAACCAGCGUUAAUUCCGAGAGCGGUGUUGUCGCCAUCAAGAGAGAAGUCUUCGGCCAGUAUUUACUUGAUGCAAUCAUUCCUAAGAUCAAGAAAUACUGUAUCACCACGGACCCCGUCGUGGGACAUCGAAACAAGUUGGGCAGGGGGAAACUAUGGGCAGACUGGUCUCUACCCACGAUCAACGACCAGACCCCCAAGUCUCUUAUUCGCCGCGGGAGUACGAAUAUACUUGUUAUUAACUACUUUGCCAUCGACGACCCAGACACCAGCUCAACACGAGGUUCGAUAUACGGCUCAGAAUAUUGCCGCUUGGAUGUCGUGCCUGGCUAUGAAUGUAAUGUCGGGCUUACCGGCAACAGUCUGAAGAUUUUCCAACGAGUUGCUGUCAAUGUCAGGUUCAAAUGCGAUGUUGAUGCCGUUCUCUCGAACCAAGUCUCCAAUUUCGAUGAGCAAUGUAUGGUAUACAACGAGGUCGCUAUCGAUGACUAUGAGCUAUCGGUUGGACAGACAGGCUGUCUUCAAAUCACUCACACCAAAAGCUCGCCGGAGUCCUACCCUAACAAAUUCGAGAACAUAAGCGAUUUAUUCCAGACUGACGAUUUGUUGGAGAAAAUCAGGAGUUGUUUCACAGCACCGGCACCCAUCGACUUCACUUCCGUCAAUGCCGCAGCGCUGCAGAACUUUGUCUUUCCUGGAGGAAAGGUCUUUACCUACAAGAAUGUCAGAGCCGCACCAAGUGGCGAUCUCCUCUGCAGCCUGACAUAUGUGGACCCCGACGAAGCCAUCACUUCCCCAGCGAUGCUCAAGAUCCCAGCGGCGAAAGCAGAGGAUGAUUCCAAGUCUGCCCCCGUCGCCGUACCCGCCCCAGUUCCGGCUACUCCAGCCUCCCUGACUUUUACAACGGAGAUGAUGCAGAAUUACGUCCCCGGCGAGAUUGUCAAUCCUACUGGCAAGUUUGAGGCCUUACAGACGCAAGAUGGCCACUCAAUUCUUUUCAAUCUAAGCUCUGCAAAUGUGUUCCAGGCUAUUGUUGAGCAUAGCGGAGCCAGCUCAACAGGAUGGCGUAUAGUAGACCUCUCAUCUAGCACCCUCAGUUCUGCCUUUGCCAGCGAUAAGAGUGCAGUUGUCAAAACAUUCGACGCCAACCAAAGCGCUGUGGACGGUACUAUUAGCCUGGCAAUGGUUGUUACUUCUGGGGGUACAGAUCACCUGCUCUUGUCUCUGUACAAUCACAACUCAACAGCUGCAUGGACUCCCGCACCAACUCUGUCCUGGAAAACGAUUCCAUUUGAUGCUUCAUCGACAUCUAGCACUGCGAUAGGCAUAGCAGGUGUCAUGUUCGCUGAGUCAGAUGCCACUCACAAGCAGCACAUCAUUGUUGACAUCGACCGCUCAACCUCCGACAAAAUCAAGCAGAUCUCUCGAUUCUACGUCAACCCACUAGCAACCGACAAACACUGGACUCCGCAUGAUGUCCCGGUAGACAUCCAAGACGGCAACUACCAAAGCUGCGUUGGCAGGUUCCAGAAUGAACUCGUUGACGGAGUCUUUACCUGCGGUGUAUCUGGAACCUCGGGCCAACUUGUCUAUGUCCCCAUUAGCAACGCCUUUGGAUCUGGCCCGCCUGCGUCUCGCACCCUCAGCCUACCCGGAAACGUCACUGCGUCGGCGAUAGCAACGGCAAGGGCGUACAAUAACUCGACAGACUUGUAUGCCAUUGGGGGCCAGACUCUGUUCUGGUUCCCUGCAAACAGUCAGGCAGGACAAUCAGUUGCUACGACAAUCUUCAGCAACAGUAUAUUCCAGGGUACGACUGAGCUAUCAGCCAUGACACACGGCGGUGUUACGACUAUUUGGGGCAAGAAUGGCAGUGAUCAGAUUUACUACAGCUCAUGUCCCAACACACAGCUUGGCACGGCAGCAUCAUGGAGCACACCUCUCCCGCUGAUGAACGGCAUAGAGAACAUGUCGGCCUUUGUGAACCGCACGGGCUACAGCAACACCAUCUUCGCUUCUGGAGGAACCUCACUUUGGCGAUUAGUGCAGGCUACAGAGACAACUGCCAAGCUCUGGCGACAGGAGUCCCUUGUUAUUGAGGGGCCGCCAAAGACCAAGGCUAUCGCAUUCAACUCGUACACCACCACCAUCCAACUGGCAGACGACAAGAAGAUGCCUGCAGGCGAUGUCUCUGUCUCUGUCACAGCACCUUCUAGAACUCCAGUUUACAUCAAUGGCUUGUACUACGUCCUGAGUUCAACUCCCAUCACCGUCUCCUCGGACAAGACUGGUACUUUGACGGUAGUUGAGAACACGCACAACACUCUCAACGGAACAUCCAUCACUGUUACAUGUGGCGGCCAUUCAACAGUCAUAGAUCCAUCACAUAAGCAUUUCCAAAAGAUCACCUCGCUCGACACACCCACUGCCUUGGGAGCAGCCACAAUCCCCAAAAAUGUCGUUGCUGGAGGUACUUCUGGCACACCAGCUACAGCCCCUCUCAUCGACUCAUCCACUUCAUCCAAUGACAAGCAAACUGCUGCAGCUACCUUGGGCAAUCUCAACACUGUCUAUGGAGCCAUCAAAAACCCAAAUGCACCUCUGAAGGUCGCCCCCAAGCCUGUUCCUCCCAAACCAAUCCCGGAGCAUCAUCCCAGCUCAGGUCUUUUUGGAUCAAUUUGCGACACCUUCGAAGAUAUUGGUCAUGCGAUUGAGGCUGACGUUGGGGAUAUUUUCCACGCCCUAAAAUCAGUAGGCGAAGCUAUCGUUCACAUAGUCAAGGAGGCAGCAAGCGAUGUGUGGCAUUUCGUAACUACGAUCGCAGGCAAGGUCUACCAUGCAGUACUCAGUACAGUUGAUGCAGUUGUCGGCGCUGUCGAAUGGGUUUUCAGUGCUAUCAAGACAGUGAUCCAGGAUGUGAUCCGCUUCCUCGAGUUUCUCUUGGAUUGGGAGGAUAUUACUCGCACCAAGGAGGUUAUCUCUAAUAUCGCCAAGCGGUUUAUGCAGGGCCAAAUCGACUUGAUUGCAACUGCAAAGCCCUUCUUCGACCAGGAGAUGAAUAGUCUUGUAUCCAUGAUCAACAAAUGGGCUGGUGAUACAAGCUGGACCGACACGAUCGGUCAGGCUACAACCCAGCCCUUGUCAGCAAACUGUCGCAAUCCAUCAGCAGGCCAGACAUCUGGCUCGCAGAUGCUCUCUAAUCACUACAAGAACAACGCUUCUUCCCUGACUCUCGCUGAAACCGACACUGCUGAUAGUGGGGUUGAAGAACUUGUCAGCAACCUCAUGACCGCUCUGGAGAAUGAAGGCAAGACACUGACAGCAGCCUACAACAAUCUGAAGGCUCUCGCUCACAAAGUCUCGUCUCAGCCUCUGCAAGACUCUCUCAAACAGCUUCUUGCUAUUAUCGCUGAUGUCUUUACCUCUACUGUUGGCAACCUUGGAGAUGCUAUUCUAGAUCUUCUCACGAGUGUCGCCAGUUCCGCCAUGCACCUGCUCGACACAAAGUUCCAUAUCCCAAUCAUUUCCGAUCUCCUGAGUGAUCUCGGUAUAAGCGAGCCUUCUCUGUUAGAUCUCUUCUGCUGGAUAGCCGCUGUCGCUUAUACAGUCGUGUACAAGAUCGAACAUGACAGCGCCCCAUUCCACGACAACGACGACGUGACUGCCCUUAUCAAUGCUGAUAGCUGGCAUACACUCCAAACCAUUCUGGGCCAGCCGCCUGCCCAAGAGGAGCUUUCCUACUACUCUCGCGCCGCUUCGUACCUCUGGUCAGCGCCUAAAGAACUCAGUGACUCCACAAAAAAGACUAUUUACCUCUGCAUGCACAGCAUUGGAGGUACCGUCGAUCUCCUGAAUAUAUUCGUCAUCCCCCUUGAGGCCGAUGGUUCUUCGGAUAGCAAGGUCAACAGAUUUAGUAGUCCCAUGUCAAUUCUCAACUAUUUACAUAUCGCUUGUAGCGUUGUUGCUGGGUAUGCUGUAUCGCAGGAUCCCAUAUCAAAUGAUGUUCUCAAGGCUAUGCACUAUAGGAACAUUGCUGUGAGCGUUGUGGCUGGCCCUGUCCUCAAGAAGUUUUUGAAAGCGGAUGGCACCAACAGGGGGUUUCCUGCACUUGACCAACGAGGCAUGAGGGCUUUGGUUAAGGUCGUUGUCGGGUAUUGGGGAUUGUUUGUCACUGCGGGUCAUCUCUAUGAGCUGAGUCAUGAAGCUGCUAGUUCCAGCCGGACAGCAGCUAUUAUGAUGGAGGUCGGUAAUAUACUGGGUGAAGUAAGGAAUGUUGCUUAUUGCGAGGCUGUCAAUGAUCCGGAUCGAACUACCAGAGAGAUCCCCCUCUUAGUUGUAGCUGGUGUGGGAUUGAUUGAGACUGGGCUGGAGUUGUCAUUACUGGCAACGGUUGACUAA